CCGUAGGGUUGGGUUUGUGGGUUCUGGUAUUGUUUUGCACUGCACAGGGAAUCUCUCUUCUCUCUUCUCAAUUCUCAUCCACUCCUUUCUCUCUCUAUCUCUAUCUCUCUCAGCUUCAACUUUCAACAAAACUAGCUCUAGAAUUUUGUUCAUAUUAGAGUUAGAGUUAGUACCACUUGAUUACCUUGCUAUAUCACAAAAAAACAGAACAAUUAAUUGUGUCUUGGUUUGGUGUCAAACACUGUUCCUUCCUGAGUUUUGCAUCUUUGUUCUGUUCUUUCCUUUCAGUUCAGCUUUUUCCUUUUUCUGUUUCUAGUAAGUUUUGUUCACAGAUCCCAGAAGCAAAAACAAGACUUGUAACACACGAAAAUAUCCAGAUCUAUGGCCUAUUAUGACACACACCUAGGAUUCAAAACACUCAUCCAAACAUAAAAAAGCAAGAAAGAGUGUAUCAAAGUUUUUUGAUUUUGAUAGCAGCUACUCCCAAAAAAACAUGUCUAAUUUGACUUGUGCAUCUGGUGAAGCUAGUGCUAAUUCCUCAGGCAACAAAACUGAAAUCACUGGAACUGAUUACCCUCAACAAUGUUUUGCUCCACCACCAUCUCAAACUCAACCACCACUCAAGAGAAAGAGAAACCUCCCUGGCAACCCAGGUUUUUGUUUUUUCACAUCAAUGAAAAUUUCUAAGCAUCUUUUGUUUUGUGAAGUUUUGUUUGAUAAGAGUCUUUUUGUCUCUUGUUUUUUGUUUUUAGACCCAGAAGCUGAAGUUGUGGCCAUGUCUCCAAAGUCUCUUAUGGCAACAAACAGGUUCUUAUGUGAGAUCUGCAACAAAGGAUUCCAAAGAGAUCAGAAUCUUCAGCUUCAUAGAAGAGGGCACAAUUUACCAUGGAAGUUGAAGCAGAGAACUAGCAAGGAGAUUAGGAGGAAAGUUUAUGUGUGUCCAGAACCAACAUGUGUUCACCAUGACCCAUCAAGAGCCUUAGGGGACUUAACAGGCAUCAAGAAGCACUUUUCCAGAAAGCAUGGUGAGAAGAAGUGGAAAUGUGAAAAGUGCUCCAAGAAGUAUGCAGUUCAAUCAGACUGGAAAGCUCACUCCAAAACCUGUGGUACAAGAGAAUACAGAUGUGACUGUGGAACCCUCUUCUCAAGGAGGGACAGUUUCAUAACCCACAGAGCCUUCUGUGAUGCAUUAGCAGAGGAGAGUGCAAGAGUAGUGGCAAUACCCAACAACAACAACUCACUUCUUCCCUCUCCAACAACACCAUCUCAUCAAAUGAAUCUCCAAGCUCAUCAAGAUAUCAUCCAUGGUGGUAAUUUCUCAUUGAAGAAAGAGCAUCAAAGUUUAAUACCCCCUUGGCUUGCCCCACCACACUCCAACAUUGAUCUUUCCUCCUCCUCUUCCUCAUCAAUCUUCUCCCAAACCCAAAAUUUGAAUCAUCAUCAUCACCAUGAAAACCCUAACCCUAGACUUGGUCCCACUCUUCCAGGCUACCAACCACCUGCACCACCAGCUCACAUGUCAGCUACAGCAUUGCUGCAGAAAGCAGCUCAGAUGGGAGCAACCAUGACCAAAACUGGCUCCUCUUCACAACCCAUGAUCAGGACCCACCACAUGUCACCUUCUGCUGACUCUGCAACCAAUGCCAACAAUAUCAACAACAACAUUUCAAGUGGUAAUUUUGGUAAUUUGAAUUUGUCCACAUGUGAAGACCAGAUGGUGACUAUGACAACAACUACUGCUGCUGCUGCUACCACAGGUGUUUCAACAUCCUUCCUUCAUCAUGUUAUGGACUCAUUCCCUUCUGGGUUUGAAGGAACUUCUUUUGAGGACACUUUUGGUCCUGGUGGGAUUCUCAACUCAAACAACAAAGAUAUUGAUUCCAUCACAACAAGUGUUGUUAAAGGAGGAAAUAAUGAAGGAUUGACAAGAGAUUUCUUAGGUCUUAGACCUCUCUCUCAUAGUGAUAUUCUCACCAUUGCUAGCAUGGGAAAUUGCAUGAACCAUGAUCAGCAAAACCAAUCCCAAAAGCAGUGGCAAGGUUAGUUUAUUUUUUUUUUUUUUUUUGAAAGUGGCAAGGUUAGCUUGAUCCCCAUAUAUAUUUUUUGUUUUGUAUAAAUAUAAUUUUAUUCUAUCUACUUCCUUUUGUUUACGAUAUUGUUGAUCUUCUUUCCAAAGGGAAAGGACUUUUCAGAAUCUGAAAAUUUUCAUUCCUCUUUAUAUGUAGUAGUUUUUUUUAGAAAAA